AUGGAGUUUGUUUCAAAAAAAAAUGAAUCACUACACUUUGCUCUUAAAAAGAGUCUUGAACAACCCACUUACCCACCUAUUACACUAACUUCCUCUUCUACAAAUGAAGAACUAUGGUCAGAAAUUAAAUUACUUAAUAAUAGAGUUGAAUAUUUGGAAUCAGAACUGGAACUCUAUAAAAAUCCUGAACCAGAGGCAGAUGAAAGACAGGCAAAAAAUCAGCAGCCAAGAAAAAAGCGAAAAACUAUGCCUUUUUCUCGGCUUCUUACUGAUGAACCACAGAAAACUGAGAAGGUGCAAAAACAAGAAAUUCGUAAGCAAAAAAAGGAAGAAAAAGAGCGUAAAAAAGUGGAACAACAACGUAUUAGAGAAGAAAACCAGGUUAAAAAAAAAAGUGUGCAAAGAAAAGUGGUACUACCUGAUUAUAUGUCUUGCGCCAUAAUUGGUCAUUAUCUUGACGAUCACAAUUUCCAGUAUAAGUUAAAAUAA